AAAAAAAGAUAUUUUAUUUUUUUUCUUGCCUUCCAAAAAUAACCAUCGCCCGCCCGCCCGUCCCGUCACCCCCCAGGCCCGCCACCCCCGCGGCGCAUGAGGCCGGGCUGGGUGCGGGCACCGCGCUCCCGCCGCCCCGAGCCGCCCGCCGGCCCCGCCGCCUCCCGCAGCCCACCCGGAACUCGCCGCCGGCGGCUGCCGGCCCGGCCCAUGCCCGGCGGCCCGGAGCCCGGCCCGGCCCGGCCCCCGACGCGCUGAGGCCGGAGCAUGGCCCCCGGGAGCGAAACGGAGCCGGAGAGAGGGUGACCGCCCGCGGAGGACACUUUGCCGGUGGCCUCGGGGAGGAGCUUUUAUUAUUAUUGGGGUUUUAAAUUUUUUUUCUUAUUUCUGGGGGCAACGGCUUUUUUUUCCUCCUCCUUCGGCUUGGUGGAAAACACACGUUUUAGAACAAAAUACCAAAAAUACCCACCCUCUUUGCUUUGCUUUUCGCAGCAACUUGGAAGCCCGUUAAUUGCACUUGGCUAUGGAUGAGUUCCACCCUUUCAUCGAGGCGCUGCUCCCCCACGUCCGCGCCUUCGCCUACACCUGGUUCAACCUGCAAGCCCGCAAGCGCAAGUACUUCAAGAAGCAUGAGAAGAGGAUGACAAAGGAUGAGGAGAGGGCAGUGAAGGACGAGCUGCUGAGCGAGAAGCCGGAGGUGAAGCAGAAAUGGGCCUCACGCCUCCUGGCCAAGCUGCGCAAGGACAUCCGGCCCGAGUGCCGCGAGGAUUUCGUGCUUUCCAUCACGGGCAAGAAGCCCUCGUGCUGCGUCCUCUCCAACCCUGACCAGAAGGGGAAGAUGCGCCGCAUCGACUGCCUGCGGCAGGCAGACAAGGUGUGGCGGCUGGACCUUGUCAUGGUCAUCCUCUUCAAAGGGAUCCCGCUGGAGAGCACUGAUGGUGAGCGCCUGGUCAAGUCGGGCCAAUGCACCAACCCCAUCCUCUGUGUCCAGCCCCACCACAUCAGCGUCUCCGUCAAGGAGCUCGACCUCUACCUGGCUUACUUCGUCCGCGAGAGAGAUGCAGAGCAGAGCAGCAGCCCCCGGACAGGCAUCGGCUCAGACCAGGAGGACAGCAAACCCAUCACGCUAGAUUCAACAGACUUCCAGGAAAGCUUCGUCACCUCGGGGGUGUUCAACGUCACUGAGCUCAUCCAGGUGUCCCGAACGCCAGUGGUGACAGGCACAGGGCCAAACUUCUCCCUGGGGGAGCUUCAGGGCCACCUGGCCUAUGACCUGAACCCCUCCAGCACUGGCAUGAGGAGGACGCUGCCCAGCACCUCCUCUAGCGGGAGCAAACGGCACAAGUCGGGGUCCAUGGAGGAUGACAUCGACACCAGCCCGGGGGGCGAGUACUACACCUCCUCCAACUCCCCCACCAGCAGCAGCCGCAACUGGACGGAAGACAUGGAAGGGGGCAUCUCCCCCACCGUGAAGAAGACGGAGAUGGACAAAUCGCCCUUCAACAGCCCAUCGCCACAGGACUCCUCACCCCGGCUGAGCAGUUUCACACAGCACCACCGUCCCGUCAUCGCGGUGCACAGCGGUAUCACUCGAAGCCCACACCCGUCGUCUGCGCUGCAUUUCCCCACCACCUCCAUCCUCCCCCAGACGGCCUCCACCUACUUCCCCCACACGGCCAUUCGGUACCCGCCUCAUCUCAACCCGCAGGACCCGCUCAAAGAUCUCGUCUCACUGGCCUGCGACCCGUCCAACCAGCAGCCCGGACCGUUAAAUGGAAGUGGUCAAGUGAAAGUGCCCAGCCACUACCUGCCCACGCAGAUGCUGGCGCCGCCACCUCCCCCCGGCAUGCCCCGCUUGGCCGUCUCUCCUGACACCAAAUCCACCACGACAACUACCGAGGGAGGGACGACCUCACCGACAUCACCCACCUACUCUGCACCAGGCACGCCCCCUGCGAACCGUUCCUUCGUGGGAUUAGGACCAAGGGAUCCUGGGAGUAUCUAUCAGGCACAGUCCUGGUACCUCGGAUAGCCGCCGCUGUGCCGCCCCUUCGCCUCCCUUCUCCUCUGCUUUAGGCACCCCCAGAGGAACAUCCCCGUCCCCAAGCACCAGGCCCAGCCUUGCGGUGACGACGGAGAGCGCAGACUCACGAUGAUAAUGACGACGACAACGACGACAAGCAAAACCCACACCUGGAGGAAAGAGCGAGGGAAAGAAAGAAGGAAAAGGGUCAAACUUUUUUUUUUAAAAGAAACAAAACAAAACAAAACAAAAAACAAACAAAACAACAAUCCACGCCAGGAGGACCUUCCGCCCACCCCAGCGAUAUGCCAGAAAACAAGGAACCGGAAAACAAAAACAAAAACCACACCAAACCGAAAAACAAGACAAAAGAAAAAAAAGCAAGAAACAAAGAAACACUAUGACUUGCCUCGUCAUCCAGCGCUGCGCCGAGACCUGACGCAGCUCGUGCCAGCGAUGGCCCCGAGCGGCAGCGGGGCUGCAGCGCCAGAGCCCGGCCGGCCGCUCGCCGGAGGGCGGGAUGUACAAACUGCUCUUGACUCUCCCAUUCUUGCCUCUAUGUGAGUAAAAAUGAACAACCCCCUCCCCACCGCAUCCCCCGCGUCCCCCUCCCGCACCCCACACAGACUUUUGGAUGGUCCCCGGGGCCGGGGGGUGCGGGGACAGGGGCACCGCGGGUGAGGGGCUUCCCGCCAGAUGUGGCAGCGGUGAUGCUGCUGCCGUGAAAGCGCCGUGGGAUGGGUGACGCCGUGCUGCGGUGACACGGUGACGUGGUGACACGGUGACGUGGUGACACGGUGGUGAGGUGACAUGGUGACACGGUGGUACAGUGACAUGAUGGCCGGCUCAGCUUGGCACAACGAGUGUCACAGGAGGGGGGUUUGGGGCCACAGAGGGCACGUGGGCACAGCUGGGGCGGUCACAGUGGCACCCCGAUUCCCGUUGGGGACACGGUGUGAGGACACUCUUGCCACAGCCCCAGCGGGACCCAGGCUGCCACCACCAGGCCAGGGCAGUGGUCACCGUCGCUCUUUAGCGCCUUCCUCACCCGCUGUGUGCACCGGCCCCAGCCCCGUGUGUCCCCACGUGUGUCCCUGUCUCCCCCUGCAUGUCCCCGUGCCGGGGGGCCCACGGGGCCGCGGCGGGGGCGUGUGUCCAUGUGUCUGAGCUAUGCAUUCCUGUGGACAGGUACCAGGUGGAUGGCGAGGAGAGGGUGCGCUCGUGUUGCACAUUUUGUAGGAAAUGCACUUUUAAGAGGGAAUCAUCAAAAAAAAAAAAAAAAAGAAAAAAAAAUCAGAAAAAAGGAGGAGGAGGAGGACAAGGGGACGAGCUGGAGCCCCCAGCACUGGCUUGCUGGGAUGGCUGCUUUGGGGUUUUGGGGUUUUUUUUGGUUUUUGGGUUUUUUUUUUAAUACAAAAGGAUGGAGAAAAGGAGUCGGAGCGAGAGCGAGGGCAGAGCCGGCCCCACGGAGCCCCGGCCCUGCGUCAAGUGCCUGAACUGCACCCCGAAGGAGCCGCGGCCGGGGCAGCGCUGCAGGAGCCCCUGGCUGCCCCCGUCCCACGGAUGGUGACGCGGCCGGGAUAGAGACUCGGGGACGUGCCUUAGCGCAGAGGGACCCACGCAGCGGCCGGGGUGAGGAGGAGGAAACCACGAAGGCGCCCGGCGUCGUCAACAAGAUGGUGGCAGCCACAGAGGAGAGCGGUCCCAGGCCUGUCCCCACACCCCGGGGGACGCCCCGCAGGUCCUGACAGAGAGAAGCCACCUUGGGACGUCCGGGAGCAGGGGAUGUCACCGAGGCCACCGCCGCCACCCGCCUGGCCCCCAUCCUGGCCCCACAGCCGCCCCAUGGACCACCGGCACCGCGUCCCCCAUCCCCGCUCCCCGGCGAGGCCGGAUCCUGCCUGCCCGCGGCACCGCACAGGAAAGGGCUGACGCUGAAAUCCCGGGAGACACAAACAUCAUACAAAAAGGACAAGAAAUGGAGAAAACCCACCAAAAACGAGAAAACAAAAAAAAGGCGCUUGGCGGAGAGGGAAACCUGUUUUUAUUAAAAAAAAAAAUCUGAGAAAAGAAACACAUUUAAAAAAAAAAAAAAAAAAAAAGAAAAAGACAAAAAAAAAAAGACAAAUAAAGUGCAUGGUGCUUUAACAGGACCUGGUGACCUGGCUCGACCAGCCGCGGACGGCUGACGCUGUGCAUGGCAGACUGUAUUAACCGGCUCUACCCUCCCCUUCAGCAACCACAGAAAAAGAGGAAAAAAAUCUGUAUAAAAGAAAAAAAAGGCCACAAAAAAAAAAAAAAAAAACCAACACACGAGAAAAAAAAACAAAAAAACAAACAAUCCAUGUUUUCCUAAUUUGCACGAAAUUUUAUACCACAUGAUGUGCCUUGCCUUCGGAGACUAAGUAUUACUGGACCCGAUAUCAGCGCGAGGGAGUCGCUGCAUGCCCGGGGCUCCCGGGGCGGGGCGGCCGCCCCCGCUCCUGCAUGGCUUCUUCUCGGCCGGAAAAGUCCCUUUUCUCUCUAUUAUUAUUAUUUUGUAACCGAUUUCCCCCUCAGAAAUGUCUUCCAGUUGGUAAUACCGAUGCAUCCUCUGCGCCAACACACCGGAAUAUGCAAUAGCCGCUCGGCGAGGGGGGGCCUGGCCGGGGGCUGGGGGGGGGUCCAGCCACCCGUUUGCUUUGCCUCUCUCUUUUUCUUUUUGUUUUGGUUUUUUUUUUUUCUUCUUUCCCUUUUUUGGGGGGGUUUUAUGUUAUGUUUCUGCUGACAGCAACCAAAGGCAGCGAGGCGGGCGGCAACGGGGCUCCCACCCCCGGUCACAGCCCCCCAGUAGUGCUUGGGGGAACCCAGGCGUCCGGGCGUGGUGGGAUGGACGAGGAUGCGGUCGGGGUCCCCGUGGGGAGGACUGGGGAUGGAGCCCCCCAUGGCUGAGCUCUAAUGGGGGGGCCACAGCAGCCCCCCCCCCCUUUAGGGGACCCCACCCUUUUUAAUGGGUAUUGAAGGGGCGCAGGGCCAGGAGGGCUGAGUCCAGCUGCUCUUGUGACAGGAAUGGAACCGUGUGAAUGUAGCUGUGCCCCCCCGGGCUGGUGUCGGGGGAGUCGCAGCCCCCCCACCUCCAUCCCCAUCGGCUUCACCCGCGGGUCUGGCCGGCGCAGCCAGGGACGUGCCGAGGGUCCCUCUCGCCGUCACUUGGUCUGUUCCCGGCUGCGCCACCCGCCAAGUGGGGUCCCGACACCUCCAAAAAACCCAGAAUUUGCCUUAAAUCCCAAGCAUCCCACCAGCUGCAGAGAGACCCCCAGCCGCGGGCUGCGGACCCGUGUGGGUCAUGGCACCGAUGGGCGGUGACACCGAUGGGCGGGUGGCACCAAUGGGCGGUGGCGCCGCGUGUCGCUGCUGCUUCGUAACGAAGAAACGUUGUCACCAACUAUUUUUUUUUUCUUUUUUGGUGUCCAAAAGUAUUAUUUGGGGGGGGGGGUCCCAUCCCCGUGUCCCACCGGGGUCUCGCCCGCCGGUGCAGUUUGUUGGGGGUCCCGCAGGGCGGGGGAACAUCCUUGGGAGACCCUUAUGCAAGGUGCAGUAUUGAGUUCUGCAAGGACGAUGCAGCGUGGAGAGCGGGAGGUCAGCGUGCAGCGGGGGAAAGAAAUUAACAAAUAGAAUUAAAGAAAAUGUAUAUAUCUAUAUAUAUGAAAAUGUAAAAAAAAAUAAUGGUUUUAAGGCCAGGACAGGAUCAGCUGAAAGCAAAAACAAAACCGAACAAACAAGAUGUAAAAGGCAUUGCCAGUGGUGAGCAGUGAGCGGCAGCGGGGGCACCCGGGCACCCCCCGGCCAACCCAGCGAGACGGGUCCGGGGGGCGAGGGGCGCGGGCGCCCCUGGGCCUGGCCCUGCCGAGGAACCCCCGGCCCCGCGGGCACCAGCCGGGCCCCCUCCGACCCCCCACUCCGCUGCCUUUACCCCUGGGCCCCGCAGCACGGCCGAGCCCCAAAACCCGCCCUUGGCAAGAAAAGCACCUUAAAACAUGUUAAAAACAAACAAAAAAAUAGCAAAAAAACUAUUAAUAAUCAACUGGACGCUCCCCCAGCCCGGAGAGCGGCAGCGGGGGGGUCGGGCCGCGGCUUUCCCUUGGGGAUCCGGGAGCUCCUCCGGGUCUUUGCACUGCUCCUCCCGACCCCCCACCCUGGGGCUGCACCCCCAGCUCUGCCCAAAGGGAAUAUGCAACCCCCCCAGACCCCCGGGGGCUCUGGCCGCGCGGGAACAGGGGACGACCACUAAUUUUAUUGUGUUGUUUUUAUCGUUCUCCCCUUUUUUUAUCCCCUUGCGGCCUCUGGGCUCAGUGACCACAGUUGGGGGGCGCAACGCAGGAGGGGACCCCGUGACCGCGGGUGCUCCGGGGGGACGCGGGGGGUCCGCUCGACAAUCACUGCGCCCGGGGGCCUUUGGGGGUUUCAUGCACUACAGUCUCUCCUAGAGGGUUUUUAGUCAGGCUUGUCGGUUUAAGAAAUUAAUUAAAAAUAGUCCUUGUGACCUAUAAAUAAAUUAAAAAAAAAUAACCUGUACAUAUAUAUAUAUAUAUCUCCACAUAUAUAUAUAUGGGGCUGCAGGGGCCGGAGGUGGGCACAGGUCCCUGCGGGCCAACACACAGUUAAGGUACUUUAAAGCGCAAAGAAAUAUAUAUAUAUAUAUAUAUAUAUAAAAUCCCAUAUAUAUAUAUAUAUAAAUGUGUCUUGUUUGUUGUUGUUUUGUUUCUUUUGUUGUUUUAUUUUGUACUCUGAGUUGGGAAUUGCUGCUUUCUGUCCCGGGUCCUGUCCCGGGGCUCCCGCCGCCCGGGGGGGCAGCGCCCGCGGGUGCCCCCGCAGCAGCGCCCGCGGGUCCCGCGGCGGCGCGGCCGGAGGCGGGGGACGCCCCCACCCCGGACAAAGAGCGGCAAAAGGAGAGAAACCGCCCCAAAAAGGUGUCGAGGCGGCAGCCGGCAGGACCACGACUCACACCCAUACCAAAAAUCCCGCCGCAGUGCCUCCGCGCCGCCGGCUGCCCCCACCCGCCUUUUCGGGGGGUCCCCCCUCCCGCCCCGCGGGGCGCUGGGUGCUGCCCCCCCCCCCCCCGCAGUUAUAUUUUACUAGUUAGCCGAUUCUCGCUUCUCGCUUGCCGCAGCCGUUACACACCCGCCGAGCGCACCAGGGCCGCGAGCCGGGGCCGGGACCCCCUGGCUGUGUCCCCCCCAGCCCCUGCAUGACCCCCCGAGCCCCCACUCGCCCCCCUGGUGCUUCACGAUAUUUGAUUAUACCAUUGUACGCAGCCAUUACCGAUAGCCGCCGCUCCCGCCUACAUACCAGUUACUGACCGUGACUAUGGAUUGGGGUUUAUUUUCGUUUUCUUUUUUGUUUCGCUAUGUUUCUUUUGUUUUGUUUUAUUUUGGGUUUUUUUUUGGGGGUUUGUUUUUGGUUUUUCUUUUUUUUUUUUUUUGUUUUGUUGUUGUUUUGGUUUUGUUUUUGUUUUUUUUCCCCCCUUCCCCUAUGCAAAAAAGAGAAAAAGAGACAAAAAAGAAGAAAAAAACAAAAAACAAAAAACUGACACAAAAAAAAAAAUAAAAGGAAAAAAAAAAGACAAACAAAAAAAUGUAUAAAAAUUAAACAAGCUAUGCUUCAACUCCA